GCAUCACUGGUUCCGUUACCUUUUUUUUACCCGCGUGUGCAGCACGUGUAGUACGAAGGAACUGGAAGGAACUGUAAUGAAUUUGAUAUUACAUUGCGAAGACUUAAGAAACUUAUAAUUUAUCCUUUGCGAAGGAGCAUGGGGUAGGCUUGAAGUGUUUUAUCGCGGAUCUAGACCGAAACGAUUUAUAAGAAUUAAUUACGCUAAUUCCGGAAGAGGUUAUUGUUUACUCAAACAAGAGCAAUUAUUCAACUGUAACGAUUCGUCUGGACGCAAAUAUAUAACUUGAAAUCGUCUACUGCCUUUUACCCGAAACCUGGAACAAUAUAUAUGAUCUAAGGACCGAAAGCAGGAGCCAUUAACCUAGCAGAAGUUUCGAAAUCGCGUAGAUCGUAGAUCUUGAACAUGGUGAGACAUAACAAUCAGUUGCCCGAUAAUCUUCCACAACUGCAGAAUCUUAUCAAACGUGAUCCAGAGUCUUACAAGGAAGAGUUUCUUCAGCAACAUCAGCACUACAAGUCCACUUUGGAAGUUUUCCGUUUGGAGCCCACGCAAUUUAACAAAAGUCUCGAUGAAUUGGUAACCUUCUUGGCUCAGGUAGCCCAUUGUUAUCCAGAUGAUUUGAAAGCAUAUCCUCAAGAGAUUGUCGAUAUAUUACGAACUCACAAUAUCAUACUAGACAAUGAAAUGCGAAUGACGUUUUGUAAAGCGUUGAUCCAGCUACGCAACAAAUCCCUCCUAGAACCUACUGCGCUUCUCAGUUUAUUUUUCGAGCUUUUAAAAUGUCAGGACAAGGCCUUACGGCAGUUCCUUCAAACGCAUAUAAUAACGGAUAUAAAAAAUAUUAAUGCAAAGCAUAAGAAUGCCAAAGUCAAUACGGUGUUACAAAAUUUCAUGUUCUCUAUGCUAAAAGAUCCUAAUGUCAGAGCCGUGAAGAUGUCUGUGGACAUUAUGAUAGAAUUGUACAAUAAAAAUGUCUGGAACGACGUCAAGACUGUUAACGUCAUAGCAACGGGUUGCUUUUCGAAAAUAACCAAAGUGACAGUCGCUAGUUUGAAAUUCUUUUUGGGCACCGAUCCAGAGGAAAAAGAAAGUGACAGUGAUUCGGACGAUGAGCCAAGUAUGAAGGAAGUUAUGUUGGCUAAUAAAGUAAAUAAAAAAACGAAGAAACGACAGAAGCAAUUAAAGAAAGCUAAGCAGUCAUUUGUAAAAAACAAGAAGAAGAAAUCCAAGGCGCCGCAAUAUAAUUUUUCAGCGUUGCAUCUAAUUCACGACCCUCAGGAUUUUGCUGAAAGAUUGUUCAAGCAGAUAGAAAAAAAUAAUGAUAGAUUCGAAGUGAAGCUCAUGACUCUGGAUGUUGUCUCUAGACUUAUUGGACUGCAUAAUUUAUUCCUCUUGAAUUUUUAUCCAUAUAUACAGAGGUUCCUUCAGCCUCAUCAACGAGAGGUUACCAAACUCUUGCAGUUUAUAGCUCAGGCUUCACACGAAUUAGUACCACCCGAGGUGUUAGAACCCGUUUUGAAGACGCUGGCGAACAAUUUUAUAACGGAAAGAAAUUCUGCGGAUGUGAUGGCUAUUGGUUUGAAUACUGUACGUGAGAUAUGUACACGAUGUCCAUUGGCCAUGAAUGAGGACUUGCUCGAGGAUUUAACACGGUACAAGCAAUACAAGGAACGUUCCGUCAUGAUGGCGGCGCAUUCUUUAAUUGGCACGUUCCGUCGUAUAAUGCCCGAUUUAUUACGUAAAAAGGACAGAGGCCGUCCCACGGAAGCCAAUGUUAUGAUAAAGUCUUCCAAAUACGGCGAAAUUCGAGCGAGCGAGUUUGUGCCGGGAGCAGAAGUUUUGUGUAAUCAACCUGCCGAGAAUACUGAGGAAACUAACGAUAGCGACGAAGACGAUGACGACGAGUGGAUUGACGUAAAUGAAAGCAACGAAGAGGAAGUCAGCGGGGACGAGUCGACGGCCGAUUUAGACGAAACGAGAUCUUCCAUUAGCGAAAAUGAAGAUGACGAGACUUCAACGUUAUCACAUAGCGAGAAUAACAGCGCGGAGAAUACUUGCGACACGGGUGGCGGAGAAGGAAAAACAGAUAAAGUUUCGCGAAAGAAAAAUGUGUUGACGAAGCAACAGAAGAAGGCGCAAAAAUUAGAGAAGAGAGCGAAGCACAAGUCUGAGCAGAAGGAAGAAUUAACGGCUGAGAGGAAGACGAAAGCGUCUGUGAUAUCCACUGAGCGAUUACUCACGGACAAAGAUUUCAGAAAGAUCGAUGUUGCGUUAGCGAAACAAGAUAUAACGUACGUUAAGCGUAGCGUCAAGAGGCCGCGCGACCAAAUCGAGACGGAACAAGGUGGAGAACUGGUAAAACUUAGCGCUAUUGAAAACAUAUACAAGAAGCGCAAGCAUGAUAAGGCUGCCCGACAGAAAUCUGUGAAGAAGGGACAGGAAGAACGAGACAAGUUUGGCUUUAAAGAUCGACGACAGAAUCCACUGUGCAGUACGACGAAUCGAGAGAAGAGGAAAGGAAAAGCAUUCUCGAUGCUGAAGCAGAAGUUAAAAGUGAAAGUAAAACGAUCUUUCAGGGAAAAACAAAUAGCUCUGAAAAAUCAUCUGGUAAAGCAAAGGAAAAUGAAAUAAUUAUACAUUUUUUUUAACAAUAAUAAGUUUGCGGUCUGUACAUACAAUGUACAAUGAUUAUACGUAUGUUCUAACUAAAAAACUUAAAACAGAUUGUGGAUGUAUUAUUGUAGAUACAGUGAUUUCUCUUAUAUUCUAUAUUUCCCUUCUUUUACAUAGAGAAAAGUCCUUUAUUAUGAGAUAGGUUUCUUAUAUGAGAUAGCAGGUUUUCAACACCCAAAUUCAAUCAAAUCUUUUUUCGCAACGAUUACACUUAACAGACUUCGUUCCAAGGGCAAUAAGUUCAUAGUGGAAUCAACUGAUGCCUGUUAAUUUAACAUAAACCCCGCUAUUCAUAUUAGGACCCUAUCUCAUAAUAGAAGACUUUCUUCUACUAUUGUAAUUAUAGGCUUGUUUUCUAUUGUUGCACUGGUGAACUAGUGCAGCAAGCUAGAAUUAUUGUCUUAUUGAUAAGUUCACUGGCUCCUGGCUCCGUCCGGAUCCAAUACGGCCAAGUCUAACCAAUAGCCGAUAAGUGUAUGUGCAAGUUAAUACAAUGCGGAGGCCCAACUAUCGGGCCUCGCACGGGAUGAUGCAACCCCGAAGAUAAAAAUUUCUCUUCUAGGCUAGAAGACGUGCUGUUCACUCAACGUCCUAAGCGGAACUAGCAAGCUAGAAUGAAAAUAAAUAUAUAUACUUGUCUUACUCUAAUUUAUUGCACUAGUUCGCCUAUGAACAAUAGAAAACAAGCCUUAUAUUUUAAGGAUACGCCGAAGUAUGAAAAACAAUAAAGAUUACGAAAUACAA